AUGUUUCCUAGUUCUUUGAAAAUGAAGGACUUCAUGAGAGUUUCGAAAAGUGGACGAGGUGGUGCCGUUGGUCGGCGCAUUCCUAUGGUUACACAACCACCACCACCACCACCACCAUCUACCGCACAUGUAGAUGUCAGCCUUCCUCCUCUCCCUCCACCGCCACCUCCUCCACCACCUCCACCGCCGCCGCCACCUCCAGUAGAUGGGUUGGAGCAGGAAAAGAUUGAGCUCACACCUGAUGGGUUAUGGUUUAGCAAUAAUACGAUUGCCGGUAAUGUCACGAAGUCUUGGAAGCGCCACUACAAUCACCCUUACUUGAAUUAUAAAGAGGUGCCACUUGCGGUGAGGGACCGUUGGUUCGCUGAGUUUAAGCGUGAAUAUACUUGGAGACCUGAGUUCAAUGUUGAGGCUAGGAAAGCUUUUGAUAAAAAAUGUGGGGAUCGCCUAAGGGAUAUAGUGAACAAAGCUGCAAGUAUUCCUGUCCAUCAAGAUAUCAAGUACAUGCUUGAUGAUGUUCGGGCUGCAUAUAUAAAGAGGCGGGAAGAUCCAGAAUUUCAGAAACGUUCUAAGAGAGCCAAGUCUAAUAGGUUAUCUGGCCAAAUUGAAGGUAGUUUUGACCCUGGCCAUCGUCAAGGUAGCAUUUCUACUCCUAUGGUGGUUGCAAAAAUGGUGAGCCUUAACAACGAUGUUGUACCAACCGUUGUUGAUGUCUAUGAGAAGACACAUUCUGUUCCCAUUGGUGACGAGGGUGACACUGCCAUGAUUGGUGAAAAGGCAAAUGAAAUCAUGGAGGAAUACAAUGAGAAACUCGAGGAAUGUAAGAGUAAAGGAAUUGAGGUAGACCCCAACGACUUAUACCUAGAGAUUGUUGGUGGGCAAAAGAAAGGCAGAGUGUAUGGCUUAGGGAGUGCUUCACAAAUGUAUUACAAUCAUAUUUCUUCUCACCAUACGGCAUCGUCUUCCACGCCUUCCACGACUUGUCAGUUAAGCUCUCGAGUUGAAGAAUUAAAGAAGAUGGUAGAGGAAACCCAAAAAGUGGCAGAGGAGAGCUUAACUUUGGCAAAAGCAACUGCCGAAGACUAUGAGAUUGAAAAAGCCGCAUGGCAGAAUGAGAGAAAGAACAUGAUAAUCUCGAUGAGGGAGAUAACAUCAAUGAUUCUUGCUUGUCAGCUUAAUCCUACCGUUGCUCCUACCACUGCUCCUACUCCUACCACGGCUCCUACCACGACUCCUACUCCUACCACUGCUCAUAAAAGACUUGGUUGACUGUUUUACUUACCAUGCUAACACUUUGAGUGAUGAUUUGAAAGUCUAACAUGCUCGAUAGGAAUAGCUUUGCUCAUUUUGAAGGUAAUUUGUGAAUGUCUAACAUGCUCUAUAUGGAGUAAUUUUGUGAAUGUCGUAAGUUGCAUGCCCAUUUUGGAGGUAAUUUUGUGAAUGUCUAACAUGCCCAUUUGGAGGUAAAUUUGUGAAUGUCUAGCAUGCCCAUUUGGAGGUAAUUUUGUGAAUGUCUAACAUGGCCAUUUGGAGGUAUUUUGUAAAUGUCCUAAUACAUUUUAGGAGGUAUUUUGUAAUUUUCCUAAUACAUUUUAGGAGGUGAUUCUGAAUCUAUUAGUAGUAUGGUUUAAAAUUAUGUACUUGAAUACAAUCUGUUUGAAUGAGAAAUUUGGGAUAUUCAGAUAUUGUUGUUGUAAAUGUAUGUAGUUUUUUUUGUUGUUGAAUACAGUCUUGUGUUGUUGUGAGUGUUGUUCUCCAACUUCUGUUUUUGGUUGUUUCUGAGUGUGCUCUGCUAGCUGUUGUCCUGUUGUGCUCGGGUGGCUGUCCAGUUCCAGUGUUUUGUUGUCUCUGCAUCUGAGUUGCUGGUGCAGAUCUUGUGUUUCAGUCUGUUAGCCUGGUUCAGGUUGGACUGCUCUGGUUCAGUCUGUUGGGCUGCACUGGUUCAGGUUGUGUUUCUGGUAUGGUUCAGGUUGGCAUGUCUGGUCAGGUGCAGGGGGCUGCUGCAGGUCUGGCGUGGUGUCUCUGGGCUGCUGGUGGCCUGUUUCAGGUUGCUCGUUUUAGUAACAGCGUUCUGUUGGCUCUGAUUUUGGCGUUGUUUGUUGCUGUUAUUUCUUUUGUAGUUUUGCCUUUGUGCUUUCUCCAAGGUUGCGGGUUGUGCACCUUUAAGUG